UUUUAACCAACCUUUUUUGUCAAAUAUUUAACAUGUUAUUCCUCCCAUGUUUUAAAUACAAACCAGUAGGUGGAUAGGCUGCUUCAAAUUUUCUCCGGAUGUUUGAGAGUGUAAACAGCAUAUGGGGACAUGUUUCUUCAUAAGCACAACUCUCCAUUACCGUUCCCAAUUCAAAUUCAUGGAUGGAACCCUGACACCAGUUCCUGGGAUGAGUCGCUGUACCCUCCUUUGGCCAGAGAAUUUACCCGCAGGCACAAUAAAGCAAGUGUGCAUCUUACCAGCAACAGUCCAGCUAUCGGUGGUUCUCUGAUCACAUUUACUGCUAGACUGGAGUGCAAGAAAGAGGACCUUAAUGGAAACCUUUUAUCCGACCAGCACUGUGAAGACGCUAAUGGACAGGCGCUUUCUGCACAUAUGCGUAACUGGAGUUCCUGGUUGGAUUAUUAUGGAUUUGAAAAGUGCACAGACCUAAAGCACUGUGACGUGUUCCCGGAUAGAAAGCCAUUUCCACAAUCAAGUGACUGGAGACACAAGGGCUAUGUCUACAUUUGGCAUACUAUGGGUCAGUACUAUGAGACAUGUGAUGGUUCCUCUUCCAGUCUUAAGCUCAAUACAACAGACUGGACACUUGGAGCCGGCAUGAUGGAGGUCUUGGUGUACCGCAAACAGGAACGCAGAAAAUACAUCCCUUUUUCCACUGAUAGCACAGUGUUCUGGGUCACAGAUAAGAUCCCUUUGGCUGUUAAUAUUUCCCAAAAAGAAGCAGCAAACAUCACAGAGAGAAACACUUUUAUUAAGGGCUACAACAUCAUCUUCAAAGUACAGGUUCAUGACCCGAGCAACUACCUGAAGACUGUCAAUGCAGUUGACUUUAUAUGGGACUUUCACGAUGGCAACCAGCUGAUCACACACAGCAAUGUGGCAACUCAUGCCUACAGCAUGAUAGGCAACAUAACAGUGAAGCUGGUAGUACAGGCAGCAUUCCGUACUAUGUGCCCUCCACCCACAACUACAAUCAUGCACUUCACACAGUCACACACUAAAGCAGGUCCUCACAUGACCACUGCCAAACUGGAGACCACAAAAGCUACCACUCUACUAUCAACCACUGAUCAGCAUGUUCCAACAACAACUGCCAUUCCCUCAACUGAGCCUGAGCCUACUGACCCCAAGAUGAUAAAUGCCACAGUGACUCCUGGUUCAGAAAUAAAUUUCACAAGUGUGAUUCCUACAUUCCUCUCUAUAGUGCACGACACACACUUCACUGAAUCACAGUGUUUCCGCUACAUGUAUGGAACUUUUGAAGAGCAAAUUUUUAUUGUUGAACCUCAUCCACCUCUGCUCAGCUUACCACCUAUCCGAAUUGUUAAUGUGUCUGCUGUCAAGGUGGCAAAUUCGACUGUAAACUUUGUGGUGACAUGUCUGAGCAGUAUGCCUUUCUCAGCAUGCACCAUUGUGGCUGAUUCCACUUGCCGUCAGUUAAAAAGCAUUGAGUGUGAUGAUGUGAAGCCAACUGAUGAAGGCUGUCAGUUCACUUUGAAACGUGCAUUUCAAGAGCCUGGUACCUACUGUGUCAACAUCACUCUGGGGGCGUCUGGCCACUUGGCACUCAGUACCUCCACUGUGACCAUUGCCAACAGUUCAGAGAACAAUUUGAUCGGCUCUCCAGGUGCAGCUGAGGUUGUGCUGUCUUCAAGUGCUGUUCUUGCUGCAAUCUUUGGUGUUAUUGCUUUCAUUUUGUACAGGCGCAACAAGAUGUAUCGACCAGUAAGGCGUUCAAUGCUGGAAGAUGCUGAAGAACACAAGGUAGCUGGCAGCCAUCUGAAAAAGCUAAGGUUGGCACUGUUUCGAACCAGUGAGGAAAGAAGCCACCUGCUGAGUUAACAGGCUUAACUCAGUGAGAGAAAACAAAUUGUAUUAAUAAAUUCUAACAAAUUUUAAAUCAAAUUAACCAUUAAAUAUUUGUACAUGCUGUGCUUGUAUAUGACUGCUUAAGACUUUAAUAACUGACCGUCAUUAUUGUAACAAAAACAGUGUUGGUUAGUAUAUAAACGUUUUUGCUGUAGGCUGAGCUUGGGAAAAAGGAGCAAUGCAAGUAAACUGCUAUAAUCCA